GUCCUUAAUUGAUUGACAUCGCGGACUCUAAUUAUUAUUUACAGCAGCUAUACGGUUCGUACGGACGGACAGACAGAACUAUAGUAAACAAUUCCUUCAUAUGUGCCAUGUGCGGUGCUGGCGGGCCUUAUGGUGUUCACUUAGGCUGUCUGGACUAAUAAUAGUCAAACACGGGAGCGCAUUAUUUGUUCAGUGUCAAAUGCGCAUUAAAAAAAAAAAAGAAAGGAAAGCACACAUUUUGCAGUUGGGCUAUUUCCUGUUUCGGGGGCCAGGAACUUAGUACCUAUCGAGAGCUUGAAGUAACCGUUUGCAAAAAAAAAACCAUGGAAAUUUCUGAGCCCAGCGUUGGCAUAUUCUAUGUCAGUAGGAUUCUGGCCCUAGCGCCAUAUUCAGCCAAAAGGAAUUCCAAAGGCCAACUAGAGAUUCGUCGUAGUUGGAUAUUUUCCAUUUACUCCGUUUGCUUGUGUGUGAUCAUGGUUUUCUUGACCUAUCGCGGACUCUUGUUCGAUGCCAAUUCGAAAAUACCAGUUCGCGCAUCUUUCAGAAUGAAAUCGGCGACUUCUAAAGUGGUAACCGCCUCGGAUGUAUCGGUUGUGGUGAUGGCCAUCGUAGCGGGUGUUUACUGUGGCGUGUUCGGUUUGCGUGCCACCCAGGAGCUGAACACACGACUAGAAAGGGUAAAGCCAAACGCGGCAUGGCCAAAGAAAUGUCCACAACCAUUUCCAAUUCACUUGCAGAUCGACAGCACGCUUAGUCCAUACAACAAUUUCAAGAGGGAUCGCUGGCGUGCGUACGGCAUGGCCAGCAUAUCGCUUGUGGUGAUUGGCAUACUGCUCGGCCUGGAUGUGCAGACGUGGGUGCGCAUGGCACAGAAAAUGAACAUCAACAAAUCUGAUACUGAGCUCAACAUACAGUGGUACAUACCCUUCUACAGCCUCUAUUUCAUAUUGACCGGAUUGCACAUUAAUUUCGCCAACACAGCUUACGGCUUGGGCAGACGCUAUGGACGUCUCAAUCUGAUGCUCCGUACAAGUUAUCUGGGUGAAAACAAGUAUCCCAAUACACCCAAUCUGGUGAAGGUAAGUGCUGUUAAGGCGAUUAGCUUCAAACCGAUGAUGCCCAUGGCCUUGCACGCCAGCUUAACCAAGUUGAAUCCCGAGUCGUUACCCAAUGAAGCUGCGGCUAUAAGCAAGAGUCAACUAAUUAGAUCCAUGGCCGACAAUCACGAGUCGUUGGGCAAAUGCGUACGUUUGCUCUCCAGCUCCUAUGGAAUGGCUGUGCUGUUCAUACUCGUCUCUUGUUUGCUGCACUUGGUUGCAACUGCGUACUUUCUUUUCUUGGAAAUGUUCAAUAAACAGGAUAACGCCUAUGUGUGGGUACAAAUGCUAUGGAUCAUCUUUCACUUUUUGCGCCUGCUAAUGGUCGUGGAGCCUUGUCACCUCGCAGCCCGCGAGUCGCGCAAAACCAUUCAAAUUGUUUGCGAAAUUGAACGCAAAGUCUAUGAGCCCGUUUUGGCAGCAGAGACAAAAAAGUUUUGGCAGCAGUUGCUUGUCGUCGAUGCCGAAUUCUCUGCCAGCGGACUGUGCCGGGUCAAUCGCACCAUCCUGACAUCGUUCGCCUCAGCUAUAGCUACUUAUUUGGUUAUACUAUUUCAAUUUCAAAAGACGAACGGUUGAAGCUUGCCGAGAUUAUUCGAUGGAGCGUGUAUUAUUAGGUAUACAAAAGGUUGCUUUUAUUAACACUAAACGGAAUUCUUAGCUGUGUUUAAGUUUGUAAUAACGUUAGCAAACAAUAAAAGAAAACGUGUUUUUUUGUGAUUAUUCCAAACCCAA